AAGCAAAAAUGGAUCAGCGUACAUUCCGCGAGUAGGAGAGGGACAGUAGGGAGCCCAUGACGCAGCCUGUAGAAUUCUGAAAGAUAUCAGUAGCGACAGAGUUCAGAGAUUUCCAAACACCGCAUGUGACUAGUUUUCUUUGAUCACUCCCCUCACUGUCUGGCCUUAGAGACCCAUACUUAUAUGUUAUUCGGCUUUCUUCUUGUAUUCACGCUCAUCUUUGUUGCUGUUCUUGGUCUAACUUCUGUGGUUUGGCUUCUAUGACUAUAUUUCUAGUGAUUUACAAAAGAUUUAGCUUUUUUUUUUGAAAAGUUGAUUUCAGCCAAGAAAUUUGUUACUUCGUUUGAUCUUUAAGCUCCACUUCGAGUUCAAUGAUUUUUGAUCUUCUAGGAAAAGAAACUGAAACCUUUUCAGGGUUUGGGGGCUGACAGCAGUCCACUUUUCACUUAGAUAUUGUUUGUUUCCUUCAAAAAUAUUGACCAUCUGAUCCUUGAGCAAAUAUAUCAAUUAGGCUUCCUCCUCAGUUCUAUCACAAUGGAUUUCUAGAUUCCGGUACAUUGAUCCUUUGCCUUUUUAUCUAGUUCUUGGGACACCAAACACAGUCGCUUCUCUGUUCUUAAUCUCCUUGAUCUUGUUCACUAUUUCAAUAUUUUUUAAAUUCCAACUAUAUAGAUAUUCCUCGACAUAGCUUCAACUCUUUCAUCUGUUUAACAUGUGGGAGACCAAGACCGAGUCCCAAAGCGGCAGGAGAGGGUACUACAAUUACUCCUUCAAUCCGGACGAGCAUGACGGCCUCAGUAUGAACGAAUUUACAUGCAGAGAUAACUCUUGGUCUGUCUCCAGCGAUGUUCCAAGUGAUCUGCUUGUCAAAGUGGAAAGUUAUAUUUUCCAUUUACACAAGUAUCCUCUGAUCACAAGGAGUGGAAAGAUGAACCGAAUUGUUAACGAAUCACCAAUACGAGACUCGGAACCAAACUUCAUAAAUUUGGAUGAUCUCCCUGGUGGCCCGGAGGCAUUUGAGUUGGCAGCCAGGUUCUGCUAUGGCAUAGCGGUUGACCUGACUGCUUCGAACAUCGCCAGCCUACGCUGCGCAGCCGAGUACUUGGAGAUGACAGAGGACUUGGAGGAGGGAAAUCUGAUAUUCAAAACUGAAGCUUUCCUCAGCUAUGUAGUCCUGUCCUCCUGGAGGGAUUCAAUUGCAGUCCUCAAGAGCUGUGAGGACCUCUCCCCAUGGGCUGAGAACCUCCAGAUUGUGCGGCGCUGCAGCGAGUCCAUUGCCUGGAAGGCCUGUGCGAGUCCAAAAGGAAUUAAGCAGGCACACACUGGAAUCUCCCCAAAGACUGGCAGCCCGCAAUGGAACAGUAGGUGUAAAGAAGGAAGCUCAAGUAAGAACCAGCAAGUACCGCCAGAUUGGUGGUUCGAAGAUGUAUCCACACUCAGAAUUGAUCACUUUGUAAGAGUUGUUGUUGCCAUCAAAGUAAAAGGGAUGAGGUUUGAACUGAUCGGCGCGGCGAUUAUGAACUAUGCAUCGACAUGGCUCCCUGGUCUAGCGAGCGAAGCCACACAGAACAGUUAUGACAGCACUUGGAACCGAGGGGGAAGGAACAUGAUUGUAGUAGGUAAUUCUAGCAAGGAAGAGUUAUUAUCAGGCAUGCCGAUCCGAGAGCAGUGUAUGCUUGUUGAGAGCCUGAUCAGCAUAAUUCCACCUAUUAAGGACUGCGUCUCAUGCAGCUUCCUCCUCCAACUCCUAAGACUGGCCAACAUGCUACAGGCCGCGCAUGCGUUGAUCGAAGAUUUGGAGAAGCGCAUCGGAAUGCAGUUGGAGCAGGCAAGCCUAGCAGAUCUUCUGAUCCCUUCCUACAGCAAAUGUGAGACAUUUUAUGAUGUCGAAUUAGUUCGAAGACUGGUGCAACAUUUCAUGGUUCAGGAGCAGACAGGACCUUCAAGCCCAGGAAGGGAAUCAUCAUCUGAUAAGCAUAGACAAAGUGGAGCCAGUGCUAAGGCAAGAGUAGCCAGGCUCUUGGAUGGAUAUCUCGCCGAGGUGUCGAGGGACCAACAUCUGUCGCCCUCAGAAUUUCAGGCCUUAGCAGAGGCAUUGCCAAAAUCAGCAAGAACCAGUGAUGAUGGAUUAUAUCGAGCAAUCGAUUCCUAUCUUAAGGCACAUCCAACACUCUCCGAGCAUGGACGCAGGCGGCUCUGCCGACUGAUGGACUGCCAGAAGCUCUCAGUUGAUGCCUGCAUGCACGCCGCCCAGAAUGACCGCCUCCCCCUUCGUUUCGCAGUCCAGAUUCUCUUCUCUGAACAAGUGAAGAUAAGCAAGUCCAUCGCCAACUCUUCACUCGAAGGAGGAAGGGAGCUCGUGCAUUGCCAACCCAUGCUCCCCACUCAAAGCCAGCUACCGGAAGGGAGGACUCCCCGGUCCUUCUUCCAGGAGGGGCGGGCAGCAGAAAAGAAAGAUAUCAACACCCUUAAAUAUGAGCUGGAAGACAUGAAGGCCAAGUACACCGAGCUCCAAAGAGAGAUGGAUAGCUUGCAGAGUAUGUUCGAGAAGAUGGCAUCGCCGUCGUCGAAAACUAUAAAACACCAGUCGUCAAGAUGGACUAGUAGGUGGAAAAAACUAGGCAAGCUGACAAGAAUAACCGGCAUGGGGGACAAUGAGAUGGAGGCUCCGGUGGAAGCGAGGAAGGAACCAAGGAGGAGGAGGUAUUCAAUCUCGUGAAAUGGUACCUCAGAAUGGAAAAGAGAAUACAAUAGGAUCCUUUCCCCUCGGUUUAUUCUCUGAGUGCCCGUUUGGUUCGCGGGAAUCAUAUUCCCUCUUACAAAUAUAAUUCUUGGAAAGAAAGAUUCCUCAAAUGUCUAGGAAUAUAUUUUUGGCAUAUUUGGUUAAACAUGCAAAAGUGAUAGAUUUACGGAGUGCUUAUGUUUGGUUGACCAUCCACUUUUCUGAAAAAAUUAUAUAUAAUUUC